AAUCGCAACGAUUGGUCAGCAGGUGUGUGUGUUACUGUCAGCUGACAACACCGGUUAAGUGUAUGAAGCGAUUUUCCUCGGGAUGCUGAAAAACAAAUCCUGUGAUACUUCGCUGGCUGAACUUGUGUAUGUUUUGUCAGUUGUAAUGUAUGACAUAACUGCACAGUUUGUCGGUGGCGCUUAUCUGUGAAGUGCUUGAUAAUUUGAUCACCGUUUGCGAGAGGAGACACUAUGGAUGAUUGUGAGGAGACCAGACCACUGCUGGUCAACGAUGAGCACACAGACGAGGACAGAUCAGAGCAGGACUCCUAUCUGGAUAAAGUUAAGAAUGGGAAGCUGUACAUUGCUACAUUCGCAGCAGUUCUGGGACCCCUGAGUUUUGGGUUUGUCCUGGGUUACAGCUCUCCUGCCAUACCUGAACUCAGCAAAAUCCAAGACCCAAGACUGCAGCUCAGCACAGAGGAAGCUUCCUGGUUUGGGUCCGUGGUGACCAUUGGUGCAGCUCUUGGGGGUCUCCUUGGAGGAUGGAUUGUCGAGAAGAUUGGACGAAAAUUGAGCCUUAUGUUUUGUGCAUUACCCUUCAUCUGUGGGUUUACCAUCAUUAUCGCUGCUCAGAACCACUGGAUGUUAUAUGUGGGCAGAGUGCUCACUGGUCUGGCCAGUGGAGUGACUUCUCUUGUUGUACCUCUCUACAUCUCUGAAACGGCUCAUGAGCGUGUUAGGGGAACCAUGGGCUCUUGCGUGCAACUUAUGGUUGUGAUAGGCAUUAUGGGAGCCUAUAUAACAGGUUUGUUCCUGGACUGGCGAUGGUUAGCAGUUGCAUCCUCUAUCCCUCCCACACUAAUGCUGGUGUGUAUGUGCUUCAUGCCGGAGACGCCACGAUUCCUGCUCUCCCAAGGGAAAAGGAGAGAGGCAGAGGAGGCCCUGCGCUUCCUCAGGGGUCCUGAUGCCCCGACAGAGUGGGAGUGUGCUAGAAUAGAAGAGGCCUACAAAAAUGAAGAGCAAAGCUUCAGUCUGGCGGAUCUAAAGGACCCUGGUGUCUUUAAGCCUUUAGGCAUAGGCAUUAUGAUGAUGCUUCUCCAGCAAUUAACCGGCAUUAAUGCCAUUAUGUUUUACGCAGAGACAAUCUUCGAGCAGGCCCAUUUCAAAAGCAGCGAUGUGGCCACUGUUAUUGUUGCAGCCACACAGGUGGUCUUCACUGCAAUUGCUGCUGCCAUCAUGGACAAGGCUGGGCGAAAAAUUCUCCUCAUCUUGUCUGGUGUCACCAUGUGUGUUAGUGAAGCAGUGUUUGGAGUUUAUUUCAAGUUGACUGUGAAUCAUAAUAACUCCUCACUGGCAAGUCUACUAACAGACGCCCAGGGUUCUCUAGCAGAGCAGCCUCCUACAGACCUGGCCUGGCUGGCUGUGGGAAGCAUGGGCCUUUUCAUUGCAGGUUUUGCUCUUGGUUGGGGUCCUACUCCUUGGCUGGUGAUGUCCGAGAUUUUUCCUACCCGAGUGAGGGGAUUGGGCAGUGCUCUGUGUGUGCUUACCAACUGGACCUGUGCCUUCAUUGUCACCAAGACCUUCCAGAACCUCAUGGAUGCCAUAUCCAGUGCAGGGACGUUCUGGAUGUUCUCUGGGCUCUGUGCUCUCAAUGUCAUCUUCACUGCUAUUUUUGUCCCUGAGACCAAAGGCAAGACUCUGGAGGAGAUUCAAGCCCGUUUUAAGGGGUCUUAUCAGCGCUAGACAAGUUUUUUUUUCCUUAGUGGCAAUACCAACAUUUUAAACAAACUACUUGCAAUGGUAAAAUAUUGUGCAAAAUAAUGUAAAUGUUCUCUGAUCAAAUAUGUGUUUAAUACUUUCUUAAUGUGAUUUGUCAUUGAAUUAGCACAAAUAGUGGCUGAUGUGACAUGGUUUCAGGGAGUGUUCACAAGUUUUUAAUAUGACUGUUUUUUUUUUUUUUUUGUUUUGUUUUUUUUUUUUACUGUUAUGGUUGAUGCUAAAAAUGAGACACGAUGUAAAAUCAUUUUAACUUAUUUGCAGGUCAUAGGAAAUCAGUUUUUUGAAAAAGGUCUGAAUAUAAUGUGCAUUAACACCUAUUCCUUUGACAUAUUCAAAGUUUAUAUAAGAUUCGUUAGUUUGCAGUUUCUCAGCAAUUUCCUCUGCAUCAAGACAGUAGCUUGGGUUACAAUUUAAUUAGAAUCAUCAAAUCUCAAUCUCAAAAAGAUUACAAUAUGAAAUGUUGAAUUUAAAAUGCAUGGUUACUUAAGAACUUUAUUGUUUGCUUUUUUCAGAAAGUGAGCAAAAUUAAACUGAAGUCUCAAAGGUGAAGUCAUACUGUAUGUUGAAUUAUGGUACUGAGUCAGAAAAGUAUUACGCAUUGUUUUGUAAUAAUGACAGGGAUGAUGAAUUAUGUGCCAAAUGAAGUGAUAUACCAAGUACAAGUUUAUUAAAAUGAAUUUUGUAAAACUGUAUUUCAUAUAUGCUGAUGAAUAGGCUUACAGAAAAAAUGAACAAUUCCAACAUUCUAAAUGUAUAUCACGUGUCUAUUAUUUUUCAUAAUAAAUUACUUUUGUCAAAA